CAUUCGUCAUCGUCGAGUUGGCUGCCAUAUUGUUUAGAUUUGGAGGAGUACUUUUUCGGGAAAAUCACCGUGGAUUUUUAGACUUCCCUCCCCUGUGUGGUCCAUGAUUAGUAAUGGCGAAAUCAAAGUCAGAACAAGUGCUGAGGCUUGAACCAACUUCAGAACUACGCUUUCGGGGAAAUUUCACCGAAGUCGUCACAGCAAACCUUAAACUCACAAACCCCUCCGAAAAGAAGGUCUGUUUUAAAGUAAAAACUACGGCUCCAAAGCGAUACUGUGUUCGCCCGAACAGUGGAUUUGUCGAAGCUGGUGGGGUGGUGGAAGUGGCCGUGAUGCUACAGCCAUUUGAGUAUGACCCCAAGGAAAAAAGCAAGCACAAGUUCAUGGUGCAGACAAUGUUUGCUCCCGAAGGAGAUGCAGAUCAUGAAACUUUGUGGAAAGAGGCUGACCAGAGUCAAUUUAUGGAUUCUAAACUGAAAUGUGUCUUUGAGUAUGUAGAUGAUGGGGAAGGCAAUGCGGAGACUUCUGUAGGAGGAAAUGGAAACGAGGUUGCAAACAAAGAGCUGCUCAAGGUUCACAAGACAGAGACUAUGGCUGAGUUCGAGACCCCAGCCCCUAGUUCUACUAACAUUCCAGGUAGCCCUUAUAAGGAGCAAGGAGUGGAGGAUACAACAUCAACAAGAUCAUUGCAGGGUGUGGAUGAAGGAAGAGGCUACAGCGAUGAGUUAGAAAAGCUGAGAAAAGAAAACAGUGAUCUUAGGGCUGAAAUGGAUCAAGUUCGGUACAGGAAGAAUGUGGCUUCCCAGUCUUCCGCAACAACACAGGGUUCAUCGCCCAAGGUAUCUACACUCCUUGCACCAGACGACAGCGUCAAUUUACCGCCAUCGGUUAUUGCCUACAUCGUCUUAGCCUUGAUAUUCGGUGUCGUCAUUGGCAAAUUUAUCCUGUAAGAGACAGUGGAUCUCGAAAAUAUUUUAACGCGUUAUGGAGCAAAAUCAACAGACGAAAAAGUUACCAUAAUGAAACAGAUUUCAAGUGUUUAAAUAUGCAGUUGACACUGUAACGCACAGAGAAAUUUUACUUUUAAAAGUUCUAGUGGUAAAUUAAGUCGUUGAACGAAACAUCUGAUCAAUAAUUACUUUUUCGCUUUCCCCAAAUCUCACAAUUUGAUCUCCCGUCUCUCUUGUACUAUUUGAAGGCAUUUACUAGCUACAGAAAACAGUGAGUAAAGAAUAUAGAAUUGAAGAAUGUC